AUGGAACAGACUUUGUCGUGUCAAACCCCAGCAGGGGUUCAGGCAAAAGCCCCCACUUCUUCUUUUCUGAUACUCAAUGGAGGGCCAGAGAAUCGCGACAUUGCAAGCCACGCAAAGGUCAAUGGGAUCUCAAUUAAGGUCGCUGCCCCAGAUGAAAUUGCACAUGAUACUUCACCUGUCACUUCCGAAUCCGGGCGCAGCGGACAGUUUAGCCCAGCACCAGCGCCAGAGUCCCCUUCGGCCACUUCCUAUGAGGAUUCCCAGCCCCGUGAUCGCAAACGCCGGACUUACGCCCCGGGUACUCCGGAAAAGAAGUUUCCUCGAUUGUCCAAACCAGUUGAAUUGUUGCGGACUUCGUAUGAUGUUGUGGUUGUUGGCUCAGGCUAUGGUGGCGGUGUUGCUGCGUCCCGCAUGGCUAGGACUGGACUAUCCGUUUGUGUGCUUGAACGUGGCCGUGAACGGUGGCCCGGAGAGUACCCGGAACGCUCUUUAGAUGCAUUCAGUGAGCUGCACUGCUCAGGCGUUUUUGCUCCUGGACCACUGAAGGGCCUGCCCGUGGAGGGAGGAGACCCGACUGGCAUGUACCAUCUGAUCAUGGGAAGAGGGCAGAGUGCUGUUGUUGGGAAUGGUCUUGGAGGAACCAGUCUUAUAAACGCUAAUGUGUUUAUGGAAGCUGACAAGAAGACGCUUCAAAUGAAGGCCUGGCCUCCCGAGAUCCGGGACAAUCCCGAUGUUCUAGACAAAUAUUACAAAAAAGCAGCCGAUGUCCUGGAGCCGGAGGAGUUCCCGGCUGAUUGGCCAGAGCCGCUGAAAGCAAAGGUGUUUAGAAAGCAGGCCGAAAGCGUAAAGGCUGAACUUCAGGAGAAGUUCGGUCUGGAAGCCAAGUUCAAGCGUGUGCGCCAGACAACGCGCUUCCGCAACGGUCGCAAUAGCUGUGGCGUUGAGAUGUCUCCCUCAACUCUUACCGGCCAGGAUACUACUGGCAUCAACGACGGUUCUAAGACAACAACGUUGGUGACCUACAUCGCCGAUGCCUGGAACUGGGGUGCCGAAAUCUUCUGUGAGUGUGAGGUGCGAUACGUUGAAAAGGACCCAGCGGGCGGGUGGCGCGUGUACUUUGCCUGGCACGGCAGAAAUAGGGGUGUCUUCAAGGCCAACCUUCAUGGCGACCUUCUGUGGGUGAAGGCAAAGAAGGCCGUGUUCCUGGGAGCCGGCGCAAUCGCCACGACUGAGAUCUUGCUGCGAAGCAAGGCCUUUGGGCUGGCAAUGAGUGACAUGGUAGGCCAGAACAUGAGUGGGAAUGGCGAUAUCCUGGCUUUCGGCUACAAUCUUGAUGAGCGUGUAAACGCCAUCGGCAAGGAACGUAUCAACCCCUAUCAGCCAGUUGGCACAACCAUCACCAGUGUCAUCGAUUGCAGAGAGGGCCACGAGAAUCCGAUGGACGGCUUUGUGAUCGAAGAAGGCGCUGUCCCUCAUGCGUUAGCGCACUUCUUCCAGGCUAUGCUCGACCUCAUGCCCAACAAAAAAGAGCCCAAAGAGAACCUUCUCAAAAGGACUGAGGCAGCCCUGGCUCGCUACGGAGGUAGGGUCUUUGGUCCGUACUACAAGAAAGGCGCUGCUGGACGGACACAAGUUUAUCUUGUUAUGUCGCACGACAGCAACCAAGCUGUUCUAAGACUUGAAGAUGAUAAGCCCGUCCUCGAGUUCCUCGGUGUUGCCAGGAGUCACCAUGUCAAAAAACUGAAUCAGAUCCUUCAGAAAGCUACCGAAGCUGUGGGUGGCACAUUCAUUCAGAAUCCAUUCUAUGAACUGCUGGGCCAACAGGUCACCGUCCAUCCUAUUGGUGGAGCAUGUAUGUCUAGAGACAACACUGGCAAGACAGGCGUGACCAACCACGUUGGCCAGGUCUUCACCGGCAAGGGUAAGGAGGUGUAUGAUGGGCUUGUAGUCGUUGACGCAGCCGUUAUCCCCACUGCCCUCGGAGCCAAUCCUUUCGCAACCAUUGCUGCCCUGGCUGAGCGGUCAGUUGAGGCUUGGGCUAUCUCUCACGGGCUCACCAUCAGCGAAGAGAAGAACGGCAUCCUUGAUCUUUUUGGCGAGCCUCAGCGUGCUCCAAGGGAGUCUCGUCUUCCGGACGCACACGAUGAGGCGCACGAUAUAGAGGAACAGUGCAAGCUCCAGCUUGCUGAGCAGGUCAUCCGUGACGCCCAUGAGGUCCAGGCGAGCGGGUUCGGCUAUACGGAGGUCAUGUCUGGUUACCUCCACUACGAUCCAAAGCUGACCAUGGACAACCGCGACACGUACGAACUUGCAUUCCGACGUGCCAAGUCGCUCUGCGAAAGUGCCCGUAUCUUCUUGAGCGUACAGGCUUAUAACAUGGAAGAUAUGGUCAAGCACGCACAGCACCGGGGGAUGGUGACAGGCACACUUGUCUGCCCAACAAUCCCUGGAUCACCGUUCAUGGUUCAACGUGGAGAGUUUAAUCUCUUUAUCUCUAGUGACCAUGCGCCUGGCACUCGGAAUCUAACUUACGACUUUGACAUCGUGGGGAUCAAUGAUAAGAAGUAUCAUUUCCACGGCUACAAGGUCGUUGACUCAUCGGUCGCUCUGGACCCGUCCGAGUUCUGGAAGGCCACCACGACGCUCUAUGUCACCGUCAGUGAGCAUGUCCCCGGCAUGUGUGCCGACCUCGACGAUGAAGAUGCCUGGCGUCAAGGAGCACCCAUCGCAAAGGGUAUCAUGCAUAUCGAGGCAAGUGACUUCUUGACGCAGAUCGCAACCCUGAAGCCGACGGGGAGCAACGCCUUCAGCAAGACACAUAGUGCGCUUAAGUUUUUGACCUUCUUCACACGCAAGUCAUUGUCGCAGUUCCUGACGCCUUUCAUGCCGUUGGAGUACCCUCUUCAGACAUCCCCCAAGUUCAUCAACAAUUAUACAGAAGACUCCAAAACCAUCGAAAUCACGUCCUCCGAUGGGGUCAAGACUCGCAUGUAUGUGUGGGAGCCAACACACUACCCCGAUAACGACCGGGACAACAUCCGUAACUUGUUCAUGAUCCCUGGCGCGUCGGUCGACCACCAGAUAUUCGCCUUACCCACAAUCCCUUACAACGCCGUUAGCUACUUCCGUCGCGCCGGCUACCGAGUGUUUGUCACCGUCCACCGUAUCAGCAAGUUGAUGCAUCCUGGCAGUCACUGGACAACUUACGACACCCGCCAUGACCUGAGAGCCUGUCUCGAGUAUAUCCGAGAGAACUAUAACGUGGAGAAGGUCUACACUAUCGCUCAUUGUAUGGGCAGCGUAGCCUUCGCCUGCGGUCUGCUGGACGGCACGAUCCCAGCCGACUGGAUUCUGGGCAUCACUUGCAGCCAGGUCUUCAUGCACCCAACCUGGUCCCCUCCCAAUACGGUCAAGAUCAUGAUCAAGGGCGGCGGACUGCCGUUGCUGGAUCGCAUCUACAACGCCAUUGCGGGUAACUGGUUCCCAUGCAGCACGUCCUCUAACCCUCGCAACGACCCGUACGUGCAGCGUGUGCUGAACCAGCUCCUGCGGCUGUUCCCGCAGCCGCGUCACGAGCUCUGCCACAAUGCGUCCUGCCAUCGGACGACUUUCGUCUUUGGCCGGUGUUGGAACCACGCAAACCUUAAUGAGGCCACGCACCGGCAGAUCGACCGCUUCUUCGGCGGUGUCAACAUGACCAUGCUGCACCUACUGAUGCGCAUGGGUUAUGACGGCGGCCAUGUCAUGUCGGGCGCGCCGCACUUCGAGCGGCUUGACACGGAGGAGAACAUUCGGCGGCUUAAGGGCAUUCCGAUUUUCCUGUUCCACGGCCGCGACAAUGAUGUUCUGUCACCUGAAGCUACGGAACGUACAUACGAGGUGUUGUGCGACAUCUUUCCUGAUGGAGAGUACCGCCGCAAAAUGGUGCCUGGGUACGGGCAUCUGGACUGCUGGAUGGGUAGAAACGCGUGGAGAGAUGUGUACCCGUUUAUCCGUGAGGAGGUUGAUCGUGUGGUAAGGGGAGAAGCAUACCAGUUUGUUGAGCCUGAUGACGAGUUCAAGAAGAUGGUCAGGGGCGGGGAGUUGCUGUAUUAA